AUGAUAAUUUUAUUUUCAUUGAUACCAACAUUGAUUUGCUUCGAUUACAAAGGUAUUCUUAAUCGAGAUCUCCAUCAUAUCAGAAAUGAGUUGAUAAAUGGCUCUUUAAUUGAAGGGAGGUUAUCGAUAAAAGAUGUAGAAAAUUUGUUCACAGAACUGGAAAAAACUACUAGUCUUGUUCAUUCUUAGUAGAUUGGAUAGUCCUAUCUCAAUAAAACUAUUUAUUCAUAUUCAUUAUGCUCUAAUUUUACCCAAUAAAAGCCAAUGAUGCUCAUAACUAGUUUACAUCAUUCUAGAGAAGUUGCUAGCCUACAAAUGAAUAUUUAUUUGUUUCUCUAUAUCUUAUGGGAAGUAGAACAUGAAAAAAAUCCAUUUUAUAUAAAUAUGAUUACUCAUAAUUGCAUUCUGAUUGUCCCUUUUGUAAACAUUGAUGGAUACUCUGAAAUUGAGGCUGAAUUUAAUAAACGCAAUCUACUUCCUAAAACAAGAAAAAAUCUAAAUCGAACUAUUCUUUGUUCUGAAGAAGGUGAAUUAGCAGGGGUAGAUAUAAAUAGAAAUUAUGGAUAUCAAUUUGCCUAUGAUAAUAUUGGUAGUUCUGAUGAUCCUUGCGAUGAGGCCUAUAGAGGAAGUGUCGCAUUUUCUGAAAAGGAGACUUAAGCCAUCAAAUACGUUGUUGAAAACUAUAAUGUUAAAAUGGCUAUGAAUCUACAUAGCUUUGGAAAUAAGUGGCUUUUACCUUACAGUUAUGGUAAGGAAGAACUUGAUAAAGAUGGAAUUCCGUAUAAGAUUUAUGAAGACUUCAAGCAAAAUGGGCGAUUCUAAGGACAUUACAAAAUUGGCCAUGCUCAAGAAUUAAUCUAGUAUACUGCCAAUGGAGAAGCUGCUGAUUGGAUGCUCUCUAAAGGCAUUAUUGCUAUAUGUCCGGAAUUAGGAGAACAAACUUACUCUAAUAUUUUAGCUAACUUUUUCCCAGAUUAAGAAAAAACACUUUAAUUAUUUCAAACCGAAUUUCCUCCUUUAAUUGAUUUUAUUAAUUACUUACCUUUUAAACCAGUUAUUAAAAAUUUUUAUUAAUACAGUUAAGAUGACGUUUAGAGACUCACUAAGACAUUAUCUGAAAAUUAAUACCUUGUUGAUAUUGAAUGUGUGAAUCAGGGUGUGUCGAGUGGAUCUGAUCAUUAUUUUGUUGUUUCUGAUACUGUCUAACUUAUUGAAGCAUAUUAUAUUGAAAUGAAAUAUGAUCGAAUAUACGACAGAGAUAAAAUUCAGUUUAAUAUACUAAAUAAAAUAGAGUUUGAAAAUAACACUAUCUCAACUUUUUAGUUCUCACCAAGAAGCAAAAUCAUUUACUUUUUAAUUCUCUAAGAAAUAUAAAAUGAAAACGAAAUGAAGUUUUAUUUUGAUCUUAAUGGAAUUGAUCAUGAAAAUACCUUUACACUAAAAGAUUUUCAUUAAAUGUAGAACAAAUAAAAGAUGCACUUUAAUUAUAUAUUUUAUAUAGGCCUUAUGAUACUCUUGGCGAUGGUUAUAGCAAUUCUACUCAAGAUUGGAUUUAGAAAAUAAAUCAUUAAGAAACAUUAAAAUAUCACAGAAUUAAUUGAAUAAAAGCCUGAAUAAAUAGAAUUACAUGUAUAAAUGAUGAAGUGA